GGCAUUGCUGGUACAGAUGUGGCCAAAGAAGCAUCAGACAUUAUCCUGACAGAUGAUAACUUUAGCAGUAUUGUAAAGGCAGUGAUGUGGGGGAGGAACGUCUAUGACAGCAUCUCCAAGUUCCUCCAGUUUCAGCUGACCGUUAACGUGGUGGCUGUCAUUGUGGCGUUCACUGGAGCCUGUAUUACACAGGACUCCCCUCUCAAAGCUGUACAGAUGCUGUGGGUGAAUUUAAUCAUGGACACGUUUGCGUCACUAGCUCUAGCGACGGAGCCUCCCAAUGAGGCUUUACUCUUGCGCAAACCUUACGGCCGCAACAAGCCCCUUAUUUCCCGCACUAUGAUGAAAAACAUCCUUGGACAUGCUGUAUAUCAGCUAACCAUCAUCUUCACACUGCUGUUUGCUGGUGAGCAGAUAUUCGAUAUUGAUAGCGGAAGGAACGCUCCUCUUCACGCUCCUCCUUCAGAGCACUACACCAUCGUCUUUAACACCUUCGUGAUGAUGCAGCUCUUCAACGAGAUUAACGCUCGAAAGAUCCACGGUGAGAGAAACGUUUUUGACGGCAUCUUCAAAAACAUGAUCUUCUGCACCAUCGUAUUCGGGACCUUUUUUAUUCAGAUCAUAAUCGUGCAGUUUGGAGGGAAGCCUUUUAGCUGUGUAGGUCUCUCUAUUGAGCAGUGGAUGUGGUGUGUUUUCAUCGGUUUUGGCUCUCUUCUUUGGGGGCAGUUGGUUACCACCAUUCCCACAAGUCGCCUGAAGUUCCUGAUGACAGCAGGUCACGGCACUCAGAAGGAGGAGAUCUCUGAGGAUGAGUUGGAGGAGAUGGAAGACAUGGAUGAAAUCGACCAUGCUGAGAUGGAGAUGAGAAGGGGGCAGGUUUUGUGGUGUAGGGGUCUCAACCGAAUUCAGACACAGAUCCGUGUGGUUAAUGCUUUCCGGGAUACCAUGUCCCCUUAUGACGGCCUGGAGACGCCGGAGUCUCGCAGCUCCAUUCACAACUUCAUGAGCCACCCAGAGUUCCGUAUUGAGGAUUCAGAGCCAUCCAUCCCCCUCAUCGAUGACACCGACCCUGAGGAGGACGCACCUACUAAACGCAACACGGUUCUUUCCCCACUGCCUCUUGGGUUAUCCUCCCCUAAUCAGAACAAUAAUGCAACCGACAAAAGAGGUUACCAUCACCACAAAGAUCUAGCAAAAACUGACCUUCCUCCAACUCCUGGAAGCCCCCUUCACAGCCUGGAGACCUCUCUCUAAUCCAGUACCACCUACGUCAGACCAUGCCAACAACCGAGGGCACAUUAAGGACAAGGUCAAGGCUUCUGGGCCUCUGAUAGUGAACUGGAAAAGUAGUAAAACUUGUUUUUUUUGUUUUCUUUUUAAUUUCAUAGGGGGGUUGUUUCAUUAUUUUGAUUUUAUUUUACAUGCACAGCUGGAAAGUGUACGGUUUGGGAAUGAAAGUGUUGCUCAAUUGUUCAAAUUCUUUCCCUUUUAUAUUUUGUUUACUUAUACAUUUUGAUAAAUGAUGUAUUGGCUGUUCAUAUACAGUAGUUAAACCAUUUUGAGACAUUUUUGGACUCUUUCUCAUUUUGGAUGAAAAAAAGAUUCACAUGUAGUUGUUUUGAAGGUGCACUAUUUGCCUCUAAAUAGGUUUUGAUUUCGAUUUUUAGAAAGCUAGAAGAUGAAAAUUAAAUGGGAAAAGAUGCAAUACCUCAACAUUUUUUUAAGGGGUACUGCAGGACAGUUAAAGAUAGGGUAGGCAAUUUCGGAGCGGCUAGCAAUAGCUAGCUAGCUUUGAAAGCAUUACAUCCCACCCUCCCUUCAGAGUGUUUUUCAAAACAGCCAGAGCAGAGUCUGCAAAGCGUACCACCUGACUGCCGAUUGGAAGAACGUCACGGGUUGCCAUAUUGUAAUUGCGGUUACAGGAUGGCGUGAACGCAGCAAUAAGCCUACCUUAUUUUUAAAGAUGAUUUUGAGCCUCUUAUUUUGUGGAAAGUAACUGUACUCACAAAAUUGACACAUCCAAGGUGUUAUUAAGGGAAUUAAAUUCUUUCUUUCUUUAGUUGAGCAAAUAAAAAUGAAGAAAGGACGUGGUAAUUCAGGGAGGCGAUGCUAAAAUGUAACUGUAUUUUCUGUUUAAAGUGUUUUUAUCUUCUUCGAUCCACUCCACCUCCUUAAAGACGAGGGCUCAAGCACAUUACACAGUUAUGAGGUUCAGUCAAGAGGCUGUUGUAUGAAAUAUUGUGAUGGUAAUAUGUGUGGACAUGAAUAAAGUUUCAGCAGAAUGUGGUUUAGGAUUUGUUGCAGAAGUGUAAACAAUAUAAGAGUAGUGCAAACAAAUAGGAAAGAAUUGGCGAGAAUUUGUGGGUUAAUUUUGUUAUUCACAGUAGUUUCAUUCCCAUUUUGGGAAUGGAUAUUUUCCAUCUGUUUAUGGAAUAUAAUUUUGUAAAUGUAAAUGGUUAUUGUGGUUUAAUUUACAUUUGAAAAGUCUUUAAGUAUGUGUAUGGUUUUUGCCAAUAAAAUAUUCAUAUUUAGCAAAACCUAA